CAAGUACUUGUUCAAGUAAUUAGUUGUUGAGCAUUUUCCGGUCUCCUUCCGUGUGACUGUCCCUAGCCGCUCCCUACCCUUCAGGCUUCAGUUCAGCCAUGGCUCUCUCAGUUUACGCCCUGAUUGGCGUCGUGCUGAUUGUCCUCGCUGGAUCGACUGAUGCGCGUCAGUGCGGAUUGGUGCACUGUCCACUGCAAGGCUAUCCGGAGUUGACCCAGUGCUGCUCGUACAGCGUGUACAACACUGCCUGCUGCUCAGUAGGUCUUGCAGGAUGGGCCGUCGGCAUCAUUGUGACCACGUGCUUCCUGGUCUUCGGCGGCGUGAUCCUGUGCUGCCUGUGCUGCGCAUGUUGCCCGGUAUUCCAGUACCGCCAGCAGAGGCAGACGACCUUCAUCACAACCACCGGCCCUAACUACCAGACUGUGGCGCCAGUAGCCUGCACAGCAACCACAACUAAGGUGUAUGCUUAGUGUGUCGCUAUCGGCCUUUCAUCCGCUUCGCUUGGGUCAGCCUGCCAUUGCUCGCUGGCGAUGAUGUCAUUCCGCUGACGUGUACAUAGCUUCAUAUUCCUGUAUGUCACAUAGCGUGUUAUUGUGCGAAUCCCGUGCUAUCAUGCCAGUUGCUGGGCUUUUACUCGCCUUUGCCGCAACUUUCUUUCUUGAACAGCCUAUUUGAGCACCCCAUUCUACGUACAUGGGUGUGUGUGUGUAUGCAGGUGUGUGUAGGUGUAGGUGUGUGUGUGUGGGUGUGCCGGCUGCUAGAUCGAGUGCAAGACUGCUCCCUUGACAACUUCCCUGUGUGCUUUUUGAUUGAUUUGCGUUCUGUUGGUACAGCUGGAGUCAUGCCUUUACGCCCCUUUGCUUCAAAAUUCAUUGCGACUUCGA